AUGUGGUGUUCUGGUGUGCGGAAGCCUCCUGCUUCUGGUCCCUUGACUGCAGACAUGGCAUCUGUUGUCCAGGUGGAGGUCUGUUCUGAGGAAUGGGCAUCAAUGACCCUCACUGCUAACUUGGACAACAGAGUGAAGAAGAUCACUGAAUAUGUCCGGGCUCAGACCAACAUCCCUGUGCAGGACCAGGUCCUUCUGCUGGGAUCCAAGACUCUCAAGCCCCAGAGAAAGCUGUCAUCUUAUGGCAUCGACAGGCAGACGACCAUCCACCUCACUCUAAAGGUGGUGAAGCCCAGUGACGAGUAGCUGUCCCUGUUUCUGGUGGAGAUUGGUGAUGAGGGGCAGAGGCAUCUCCUCCAGGUGCGAAGGUCCAGUUCGGUGGCCCAGGUGAGACAGAUGAUUGAGAGCAAGACGGCUGUAGUGCCUCUUGAGAAACAGACUGUGGUUUGCAAUGGCAAGAAGCUGGAAGAUGGGAAGACCAUGGGGGAGUAUGGCACCAAAAGGGGCAGUUUAGGGGUGCCUGGGUGGCUCAGUCGGUUAAGCGUCUGACUUUGGCUCAGGUCAUGAUCUCGCGGUCCAUGGGUUCGAGCCCCGCGUCGGGCUCUGUGCUGACAGCUCAGAGCCUGGAGCCUGUUUCGGAUUCUGUGUCUCCCUCUUUCUCUGACCCUCCCCUGUUCAUGCUUUCUCUCUCUCUCUCUGUCUCAAAAAUAAAUACAAAUGUUAAAAAAAUUAAAAAAAAAAGGGGCAGUUUACUC